AUGGAUUCAGAUUUGGAUAGAACAUUUACAUCGAAUGGAGGCGAUACAUCGUUGGCCGAUAUCGAUCAGAUAAUGACAUCGGAAUCAAAGUGGGCACGAUUGGCAUCUGAAAAUCCGGCGUUUGCACACAUCGAGUUGGAGGUAGAUGAAUGCACAUUCGGACGUGCUAGAACCUGUAAUAUAAAACACGAUGAUAAACGAAUCAGCUCUAACCAUUGUCGUCUCUACAGAAAGAGAGAACCCGGUGAAACUGACUAUAGAUUCUAUCUUGAGGAUACAAGAAAGAAAAUCGGUAAAGGAAAUACAGUGUCGAUUGUACAUGGCAAUGAGAUUGCGCUCACCACCAAUAUCGAUCCGGACGACGAGAAGCGAUUGGUCUAUACAUUCCAGGAUUGGGACAAGAUCAGACGUGAUCGUGCCGAGGAGCUGAGAAAGCAGGCUGAAGAGGAGCGUCUGAGGCUCGAGGCAGAGGAGAGAGACCGUUUGGCAGAUGAACCUGGAAACACCCAAGUUCUCGAUGAAUCAGCUACCGAUAUGGUAUCACCAAUCAAAUCGGAUAAGACUGAUAUUUCUGCCAACGAUGAUUCAAUGGAUAUGACAACAGCCACCACACCAAGCAAACUUACAAAGAAUGGAACUGAAUUAGUAUUGGAUACAUCAUCAACAACAACAGAUAACAAUACACCAGAUACGCCAACAAAAAGAUCGUCAAGUAACAAUAGCAACGUCACACCAACAAAGAAUGGAAGUAAAUCAUCUAUAUCACCAGCUGGUUCUUUCAAUAAUAAUGAUACUACAACUACUACAACGACAACUACUGGAACUGCUGCUGCGACAACAACAACACCUGAUCAAACAAAACCAACAACAACAACAUUAACAACACAGAGUUCAACAGUAAAGAGAAAGAGUAGUGAUUUAUCAAGUGACAAUAAUAAUAAUAACAAUAAUAGUAAUACAGAUUCAACAAAGAAGACAAAGAUAGAACAUGAUUCAAUGGAAGAUAAUUUGAUUUGUGGAAUUUGUCAGGAGAUUAUUCAUAAAUGUUUGACAUUGAUUCCGUGCAUGCACAACUUUUGUAUGUGUUGCUAUGGUGACUGGCGUGCCAACUCUAGUAUUUGUCCACAGUGUCGUAGCUCUGUAAAGUCUGGUCAAAAGAAUCACGCCAUAAACAAUCUAAUCGAAUCAUAUCUCAAAGUUAAUCCCUCGAAAAAGAGAGAUGCAGAUGAGCUUAAAGAAAUGGAUGACAGAUGUAAAAUAACUGAAGAAAUGCUACAAAAAGGUGUAUUAAACAAGAUUAAAAAUAAUGAAUAUUAUGAUGACGACGACGAUGAAGAAGAUUACGAUAACGAAGAUGAUUACGAUGAUGAUGAGGAUAACUAUCAUGCUCCCGGUCUUUUCAAUCAACAUUUAGCUUUCAACAAAUGCUAUUUCUGUACAAAUCCAACACCCGACGGAUUCAAAUGCCCCGACCAAAAUGCCGCACAUCAAUAUUGUGCUGGUUGUUCAGCCAGAUUCCCUCUUCGUGUACCACCUCCCUACAAAGAUAAAUGUGAUCUAUGUAGUAAACCAUAUUGUGAUAAUGUAAGAGCUUGUCCGAUGACCAAUAUAUCUAAGGUCAACAAUCUGGUAAAUCAACAUAUCAAUGAUAUUCCUCACAACAGUCUCAGUGGAAAUCAAUAUGAGAUCAAGAUUGUGACGGACUAUUUGGCCAAGCACAACAAGACGGUCGACCAGCUCUACCACGAGGUACUGGCGGAUAUCGACUCUGGCAAGAUCCCGGCCGACACUAUCAAGACACUGAAUGCAACACCAGCGAAAUCCGACUCUUGGGCAUGUAACGUUUGCACUCGUCACGUGUUUGCUCAAGGUCUUUUCACCUACCGAAAGAACAUACCAAAAGCCGACCUGCCAGACUAUGCUCAAGCCCGUGACAACUGCUACUACGGAAAGAACUGUCGCACUCAAUUCAACAAAUUCGAUCACGCUAAAAAACUUAAUCACGUUUGUGAACAAAGUAGUUCUAUACUCAUCGAAGGUGCAGGUGUCCAACCACACUUUGAUCAUUGA